AGUUUGUGCAUGCUUCCACUUUGCCAGAAUAAUGUGUUCUUCAUGGGUUCUUCAUUUCGUUAAACGUGCGAUCACAUAGUUUUCUUCAUUUUUAGAGGUGACGCUGAUCGGUGACGAUGAUACUUCCGCAAGUUUUUUUACCGAUAAUGACUCGGGAAGCGACUUUUCGAUCAGCGCUCAGAAAUACAAGUCCCCGAAAGGACAUCAGUAUCGAUCCUGGGAAUGUUCUCUUGUGAUGUGAGUUAAGUCUGGAAUAAGAAUCUUCCAC